UUACAUCUGCAAUUAUAUCAUAAAUGUGUGAAAAUGUAAUUCAGUUAAAUUAAACAUUGAGGUCUAUUUUCAACAAUAUUCAUGCUCACAAUGAAUAAGAAAGUGAUCAGUGCUGGUUUUCAGCAAGCCUUUCAACACGUGUGAUUGCUAAGAUGAAAGAAGAUAAUGAAAGACCUGUGGUAUUAUGUUACUCUAUAUUUAUUUUUGUCUUCUGGUUAAUAUUAAUUAUUUUACUCGUUUGUAUAUUUUUGGCCCUCUUUUUCAGUUCUCAGCUGGUGUUCAGCAGAAUUUCAUGAACAGGUUGCAUUUCCAGUGAGACAGAAGGAUGAGUAGUAGUGAGAGCUCUACAGACAAGGAUGAAUGUGAAACAGAUGUGACAGCUGAAAAGAAACUGGGUUGUUCACACUACCAGAGAAAAUGUUCUCUCAUUGCUAACUGUUGUAAGAAGGUUUACAUCUGCCGGGUAUGUCAUGAUGAGGCAGAGAACCAUCAGAUGAACAGACACGAAGUACAGGAGAUCAAAUGUUUGUUGUGUGAAAAACAGCAGCAGGUAUCUGGAACAUGUAUAGAGUGUGGUACACAAUUUGCUCGUUACUUCUGCCGGAUAUGUAAUUUAUUUGAUGAUAUUGAUAAAGCACAGUUCCAUUGUGAUGACUGUGGUAUAUGUAGAGUUGGUGGAAGACAGAAUUAUUUCCACUGUUCGAAGUGUGAUGUGUGCCUACACAAUGAACUUAGAAACGCUCAUAAGUGCAUAGAGAAAGUCUCUCAUAACAACUGCCCAGUGUGUCUGGAGGAUCUUCAUACCUCUAGGAUAGCUGCCCAUAUUCCUCCCUGUGGACAUCUCCUGCAUAGACACUGUUUUAGAGAGAUGUUAAAAACCGGAAAUUAUGCUUGCCCUCUGUGUGCGGAGUCCAUGGUUGACAUGAAGGGAGCCUGGGAUGGACUGGAUGAAGAGAUUAAAAACACCCCCAUGCCAGAAGAGUACAGAAACUACUAUGUUAUUGCACUUUGCAGAGACUGCCACCAGGAGAGUCGGGUGGUAUUUCAUGUAUUGGGGUUGAAGUGUCAACACUGCGGGUCAUAUAACACAUGCCGUACAGGAGAAUUUGUUGACCAUUCAGGAGACACUAAGCCAAUGCCCAGUACACCGACUGGAUCUGCUUCAGGCCAGGGUAUGUUACAUGUAUGUCACAAUUAUGAAGUAGACCUUCACAAUUUUCACCCAGAACUAUCUGAAAUCAAAGUUUGUAAUGCCACAAAACAUGAUUUGCCUGUUAUAAACAUGUGUAUAAAUAGAUUUGUCAAGAACAAAAGAAGGAGAAGGAUAUGGACUUCUCUGACUUUUUCUUAAAAUGAGCUGCGAGUAUUUAUUUCCCUACUUCAAUACUGUGCAUGAAUUGAAUAAUACAAAAAACGAAACUAUCAGCAUUUGGCAGCACUCAGAGGUCUACUUCAUGUACAUGUAUGAAUGUUGGGUAAUAG